AUGACGAGCACACCGGGAAAGUUCACCGUCGGUGACUACCUCGCCGAGCGGUUGGCCCAGGUCGGCAUCCGGCACCACUUUGUCGUGCCUGGCGACUACAACCUCAUCCUCCUCGACAAGCUCCAGGCCCACCCCGACCUCAAGGAGAUCGGAUGUGCCAAUGAGCUCAACUGCAGCAUGGCCGCCGAGGGCUAUGCCCGUGCCAACGGCGUCUCUGCCUGCGUUGUCACCUACUCGGUCGGCGCCAUCUCCGCCCUCAACGGCACCGGCAGUGCCUACGCCGAGAACCUGCCCCUGAUCCUCAUCUCCGGCUCCCCAAACACAAACGAUGCCGGCCAGUUCCACCUGCUGCACCACACCCUCGGCAAGCUCGACUACAACUACCAGCUUGAGAUGGCCGAGAAGGUCACAUGUUGCGCCGUCGCCGUCAACCGGGCUGAGGAGGCCCCAAGACUGAUCGACAGAGCAAUCCGCGCCGCCAUCCUGUCCAGGAAGCCCUGCUACAUCGAGAUCCCCACCAACCUGUCCGGUGCCACCUGUGUCCGCCCCGGCCCCAUCUCCGCCGUCACCGAGCCCGUCAUCUCCGACCAGGGUGCCCUCGCCGCCGCCGCCGACUGCGCCGCCGAGUACCUGAGGGGCAAGCUCAAGCCUCUGAUCCUCGUCGGCCCCAAGCUGUCCCGAUGCGGCGCCGAAAAGGCCCUCAUCAAGCUGGCCGAGGCCAUGGGUUGCGCUGUCGCCCUCCAGCCCGCCGCCAAGGGCAUGUUCCCUGAGGAUCACCCCCAGUUUGUCGGUGUCUUCUGGGGCCAAGUCUCCACCCUCGCUGCCGACGCCAUCCUCAACUGGGCCGACGCCAUCAUCUGCGCUGGCUGCGUCUUCAACGACUACUCCACCGUUGGCUGGACCGCCAUGCCCAACAUCCCCCUGAUGAAGUGCGACAUGGACCAUGUCACCUUCCCCGGCAACCACUUCAGCCGUGUCCGCCUCGGCGAGUUCCUCGACCACCUCUCCACCGAGGUGCAGUUCAACGACUCCACCAUGGUCGAGUACAAGCGCCUCCGCCCCGACCCCUACGUCGUCCACGAGGCCGCCGACGAGGAGGAGCUCACCCGCAAGGAGAUCCAGCGCCAGCUGCAGCCCCUCGUCACCCCCAACAGCACCCUCUUCAUCGAGACCGGCGACUCCUGGUUCAAUGGCACACAGCUGCACCUCCCCAAGGGCGCAGGCUACGAGAUCGAGAUGCAGUGGGGCCACAUCGGCUGGUCUGUGCCCGCCUCCUUUGGCUACGCCGUGCGCUACCCUGAGCGCCGCACCAUCUGCGUCUGCGGUGACGGUUCCUUCCAGGUGACCGCCCAGGAGGUCUCCCAGAUGGUCCGCUUCAACCUGCCCAUCACGAUCCUGCUCAUCAACAACCGCGGCUACACCAUCGAGGUCGAGAUCCACGACGGCAGCUACAACAAGAUCAAGAACUGGAACUACGCCCUGCUGAUGCAGGCCUUCAACUCCACCGACGGCAACGGCAUCUCUUUCGUCGCCAACACCGCCGGCGAGCUCAAGGAGGCCAUCGCCGCCGCCAACAACCACAAGGCUGGCCCAGCUCUGAUCGAGUGCACUAUCCACCAGGACGACUGCAGUAAGGAACUGAUCACUUGGGGCCACUACGUCGCAGCCGCUAACGCGAGACCGCCGAAGGCCUCGACCCUGGACGACUACUAG